CGCCUGUAUUUGAAUGAUUGGAAACUGAAUGACCCUUGGCGUUCUUUUCAUCUCAGCUGAUUGAGAAUCGAGCAAGUAAUUGUGUGUCUGAACUGUUAAUGAUCCCUUUCGUAAUAGCUUGGAAUAAUCUAGGAUGUGUUAUUAUAUGAAUGAUCCUUUUGAAAGAAACUUACGCAGUCCACAUGCAUUACACAACGUUCUAGCUCCGUCUGGUCCUCUUCGCCAUUCAGGUGUUUCUGUUGUAUUACAUGAAUGACAUCUUUGCCCAAUCAUGUUACGUUUCUAAAGAAAAAAUACGAAUUAAUCAUCUUUCAAUAGUAAAUGCCCUCUUUACAUUUCUUCUUCGAUAUUUAGGUCUCAUACUACUAUCUUGCAAGUUUCGCGCUUGGCGGAUCAUUUCAUAUUUACUUGAAUUAGGAUCAUCCUAUGAUCUAGUCAGUAUUGUAUUUGAAUAUACCUGGCCCCUACCUGUAGUGAACGCAUGGGUUGCGACGAUGGGAAUGUGUUGUCUAUUUCUUGAUCAUGAUAUUGAAACAGUUGAUCAUUUAGUGUCUUUAAUGAUCGCAUCAUAGAUUCUGCUGUACAGUAUACAAGAUCAACAAUUUUAUUUCGAUCUGUUUCAGUCAGA